AGUCCCGGUGUCCAAUCUCAGGCCAGUUUUUUGCUGCUCACCAAUACCGGAAGCUGAGGCCCAUUGGGUCGCUAGCAGGGCACAGGACUGAGCUGAAAAGCCAUACUUCCCUGCUAACGUCCUGUGCUCGUGCCGAGAAACUGUUUAUUUUCCGUCAACCUAUUUCCAUUUGAAGAGUUUGUGGAAGAACAGCUUAAGACCACUCAGUGGUUGUUCCUACCCACUCAGUGGCCUGAGCAGUGGGAGCUGCAGACCAGUCUUCAGUGGCAGGCUGAGCACUCCAGUCUUCAGGAGGGAACUGCUGAAUAGGCACAGGGCACCUGCACGCCUUGGGACCGGUCCGCCACCUCAAGGCUUAGCCUUUUUGGUUUUCAGUUUCACAAGCAAAAGGGAGAGGGGGCAAUGGCGGCUUCCUGUAUCCUGCACACUGGACAGAAGAUGCCCCUGAUUGGACUGGGCACCUGGAAGAGUGAGCCUGGCCAGGUAAAAGCAGUUAUUAAGUAUGCCUUGAGUAUAGGCUACCGCCACAUUGACUGUGCUGCUAUCUACGGCAACGAGACUGAGAUUGGGGAGGCCCUGAAGGAGAAUGUGGGACCUGGCAAGUUGGUGCCUCGGGAGGAGCUGUUUGUGACUUCCAAGCUGUGGAACACGAAGCACCACCCUGAGGAUGUGGAGCCUGCCCUCCGGAAGACACUCGCUGACCUCCAGCUGGAGUAUUUGGACCUGUACCUGGUGCACUGGCCUUAUGCCUUUGAGCGGGGUGACAACCCCUUUCCUAAGAAUGCUGAUGGGACUAUACGCUAUGACUCCACCCACUACAAGGAGACCUGGAAGGCUCUGGAGGCACUGGUGGCUAAAGGGCUGGUGCGGGCACUGGGCCUGUCCAACUUCAGCAGUCGGCAGAUCGAUGAUGUGCUCAGUGUGGCCUCUGUGCGCCCAGCUGUCCUGCAGGUGGAAUGCCACCCAUACAUGGCUCAGAAUGAGCUGAUUGCCCACUGCCGAGCACGUGGCCUGGAGGUGACUGCUUAUAGCCCCCUGGGCUCCUCUGAUCGUGCUUGGCGUGAUCCUGAUGAGCCUGUCCUGCUUGAGGAGCCAGUGGUCCUGGCACUGGCUGAAAAGCAUGGACAGUCUCCAGCUCAGAUCUUGCUCAGGUGGCAGGUCCAGCGGAAAGUGAGCUGCAUCCCCAAGAGUGUCACACCUUCCCAUAUCCUUCAGAACAUCCAGGUGUUUGACUUCACUUUUAGCCUGGAGGAGAUGAAACAGCUGGAUGCCCUGAAUAAAAAUUUGCGAUUCAUCGUGCCCAUGCUUACGGUGGAUGGGAAGAGGGUCCCGAGAGAUGCAGGUCACCCUCUGUACCCCUUCAGUGACCCAUAUUGAGACCACAGCUUCCUGGCUUCCUUUUCAUCUCUCCAGCUAUAACGUCCUGCCAUCCCCAGAAAGGAGUUAAUAAAGCCAUUGGAGUAUCCAUCCAUGAUA